AUGCCAAACGACCGCGAGCCCGAAGACAAGGACAACGACCACAAAUCCUCCGGCAUGCCCCAGGACUCGGGCUGGGAGGGCGAGAGCAACCCAUUUGUCGCGUUCCGCCGGUUCGCGGACGAGCAGGUCUCGUCUGUGUUACAGUCGAUCACCGGUCUCCCAUCUUCGAUCUCCCCUCCUCAGCCUGACCACUGGACUAUAUUUACCGACGAUAAGGGCUACAAGAGCAUGCAAUACCGUCAAAGAUCCGCCCCAAGCGCACAAAAUGCGGAGGAACAGGAUAAGUCGGCAGAGAGCUCCAAGCCUGACCAAGGCGCCGAGGGCAAUUCACCAGCGACAGGCUCAUCAAGUGGAGAUAGCAAGUCUUCAUCCCAGAUUUUGAAAUCCCGGUUUGCAGAAGAUACCGAUCAAUGGAAUUCGCAAUCGCAAUCGCAGCAGAGCUGGCGCAAUCGUCCAUCCGACUUCUUUGGCGUCAAUUCACUCUUCGAUCGCCUUGAGGAUCACAUCUUUCCUUUCGCCAUGAACUCCUUCCACCCGCGCCGGUUUUUCUUCCCUGAGCUUUUUGAUGAUAGCAAUGCCCCGACGUGGCCCAUCUCUUAUAUCAUGUUCAGCCCUUAUUCGCCACUGCAUCUGGAGCGCCAGCAGCAUAGCGAAAAAGGUGUCUUCUCUUCGAUAAUGUCCACCCUUCGGCAUGACACGGACCACGACUCGAUGGAGCCACAGUGGCGCGAGGCUUUUGAGGAUCUUCUUCGGCUUGAAAAUGGGAAACCCAUGCUUGAUGACGAUGACUUGGCCGCUACGAAAGCCGAAGAUGGACGGGAUUGGCUUCAAGGAUUAGUCAAGCGUGGGAGCUUGGGUGAUCGUUGGAACUACGUGCGUGGUACAAAGGACCAGCCCUGGUCUGGCAUUACCUUUACUGGUCACCGGGACAAUGGUCGUGAGUUGUUGAGAAAAGAAACAUCAGAAGAUGACAAGGAAAAAGUCGAAGCAGAGCAGAAAGAGGCCGAGAAUGAACUGGAGUUAUACGAGCGUUUCCUACAUGAUAUUGAAGCUCGCGAGCGUGAACUCUCACAGGAAGUUUUGGGGAGUCCUCUCCUGCGCUUCUUGUUAGAGGAGCGCCGACGAAAUCAAGCGGAGCUGGAACGGUUCCACACAGGCCUACCUCAACCCGAAGAGAGACAGGACGAUGAUGAGACCCAGAGCUGGCUCAAUCUCGUGUCUGGUGGAAUUAAGAAAUCUGUCCCGGAUGUCCCAGUGACCUCGACUCCAGAUGCCGGAGCUGCCACGGAGGAUUCAGUAUCGGAGAUGCCGCCGGGUCGAAUCGUGUCUACCAUGUCUCGAACAGAACGUGUACGCCUGGCAGAUGGAUCCAUCCAAAUCAGGAUAGUCAAGACGAAGCGUUUUGCUGAUGGCCGUGAGGAGACCGAUUCGACUGUCGAGGUGACACACCCGCGCUCGGAACACGAGUCGCUGGAGCCUGAGAAUGGCGAUAAAUCCAAAAACGGUUGGUUCUGGAAGGACUAA